GAUUUUCUGUAGGAAAACCCAUGGAAUUUUUGCUGGAAAUGCCUUUUCCAUGGAGCCAACCCAAAAUGCACUUUUUUGGGGGCUGUGUACGCACAGCCACAGCGGUCCCUGCAGGUCCCAUCCGAAGGGACCGCGGGGGUUUCCCGCACGGAGGAUCCGCCCUGGGGCUGCUCCAAGAUGCACAGGACCACCCGGAUAAAGAUCACGGAGCUGAACCCGCACCUGAUGUGCGCCCUCUGCGGCGGCUACUUCAUCGACGCCACCACCAUCGUGGAGUGCCUGCACUCCUUCUGUAAAACCUGCAUUGUUCGUUACCUGGAGACCAACAAGUACUGCCCCAUGUGCGACGUGCAGGUGCACAAAACGCGGCCCCUGCUCAGCAUCCGGUCGGACAAAACCCUCCAGGACAUCGUGUACAAGCUGGUCCCAGGGCUUUUCAAAGAUGAGAUGAAGAGGAGACGCGACUUCUACUCUGCGUACCCAGUGGCCGAGGUUCCCCUGGGCUCACAGGAGGAGCGUGGCGAGGUGGCUGAGCAGGACCAGGGCACGGGGCCCGAGGACGAGAUCGUCAGUCUGUCCAUCGAGUUCCACCGGGACUGCAGGGAGGACCAGAAAGGUGCUGUGGAGAACGGGGACCUGGACAAGGACAAGGCACCGCCGUGCCCACCCAGCCCCGGGCUGCGGUUCCUGCGCUGCCCCGCGGCCAUGACCGUGCUGCACCUGGCCAAGUUCCUGCGCAACAAGAUGGACGUGCCCAGCAAGUACCGGGUGGAGGUGCUCUACGAGGAUGAGCCCCUGAAGGAAUAUUACACCCUGAUGGACAUUGCCUACAUCUACCCCUGGAGGAGGAGCGGUCCCCUGGCACUCAAGUACCGCGUCCAGCCCUCCUGCAAGCGGCUCAAGCUGUGCCCGGCGCUGCCAUCCGAGGGUACCAACACCAGCGGCGCCUCUGAGUGCGAGUCGGGCAGCGACAAAGCGCAGAGCCCCGGGCUGGCACCGCCCCCAGGGCUGGCAUCGCCCCCCACUCUGCCCGGCCCCCCCGGGCAUGCCCUGAACGGCUCCGCCUCGAACUGUCACCCGCUGCCACCCAGCUGCCACCCGGUGCCACCCGCCCGCGGCCGCAAAACCGCCCUGAACGGCAGCGCGGGCUCGGCCCUGAGCUAA